AUGGGAUUCCACGGAGCUUUUCUACUGGCAGUCAUUGCCAUGACAUCAUCCAGAACCUACUCGACUCCGAUCACCACUCACUGUGGCAAGCCAGCCGAUGUUGUCUUUGUCAUCGACAUCUCGUCGUCCAUCUGGCCCAGAGAAUUCAACAAAUACGCCCUGACAUUCCUCCAGAACGUGGUGAGCAUGUUCAACGUGGGUCCCGGAGAGAACCAGACUCGAGUGGGUGCAGUCACCUUCAGCACCGACGUCAGGCUGGAGUUCAAUCUCAACUCCUACAUGAAGAAGUCAGACGUUCUUGGCGCUAUUUCCAAGAUCAGAGUCACCGGAGGCAACACGUUCACAGACAAAGCCUUAAAGUACGUUGCUGCCAACAUGUUCAGUGAGAAGAAUGGUGGCCGACCUGAUGUGGCCGAUAUUAUUAUUGUGUUGACGGACGGCAAGUCUAGCAGUCCAGCGAAAACAAUAAUUGAAGCUGAAAAUGCACGCCAGCGUGGAGCAGCCAUCUUUUCUAUUGGAGUUGGAGAAGCUGAUGACACCGAGUUGAUGCAGAUCGCGAGCUCACCGCCGAGUCAGUUUAAGUUCAAAGUGACCGAUUUCGCUGCUUUGGACAGCAUCAUGUUGGAGCUGGCGCUCAAGGCUUGUGAAG